CAAUCACAUUAUUUGAAAAUAUGAAGAAUAAAACAAUUUCUUUCUUGAUCUAGGUUGAUGUUGAUGCAAUGUCACUAAACUCUAAUGAUGUGUUUGUUCUGAAACUGCCAAACAACUCUGGCUACAUCUGGGUAGGAAAAGGAGCAAACAAAGAAGAGGAACGAGGAGCUCAAUACAUUGUCAGCAUUCUUAAAUGCCAGACUGCUAAGAUUAAUGAAGGCCAGGAACCAGAAGAAUUCUGGAAAGCACUUGGAGGUAAAAAAAAAUAUCAGACUUCAUCACAACUCUUGACAAAGGCUGAAGAUCAUCCCCCUCGCCUCUAUGGUUGUUCUAAUAAGACUGGCAGAUUUAUUAUUGAGGAGGUCCCAGGAGAAUUCACUCAGGACGAUUUGGCUGAAGAUGAUGUCAUGUUGCUGGAUGCUUGGGAGCAGGUUUUUGUCUGGAUUGGGAAGGAUGCUAAUGAAACUGAGCGACAGGAAUCCGUUAAAUCUGCCAAACGCUAUAUUGAAACAGAUCCUUCUGGCCGAGAUAAGAGGACCCCCAUUGUGAUUGUGAAGCAGGGGCACGAACCCCCGACAUUCACAGGCUGGUUCCUGGCUUGGGACUCCAACAAAUGGAAGAACUGAUCUAUCCAAGGAGGCUUCAGCUUCAAGCCAAAGAAUGAUCAGAGCCCAGCUACCUUCUAGUAUUUUUAAGCAUAAGCUUAUGCAAAGAUAUGAUGCAUCUGUUGUUACACUUUCCCGAGCUUUGAUAUAUUU